AUGUCCACUCCUGUCCGGCCAAUUUCGGAUAUAUACACCGGUGGACGUAUAAAAAGACACCCCUCCCUUCUAAAGUCUAAGCCACCUCUUCCCCCGCGUACACAAGAACUACGAACCGUAAUUGAAGAAAAUGACCAGCAACCUUCUACAGCCUCACGGCCAGCUCUUCCCCCACGUGAAACAAAGACAGCCGCCGACUUUUAUAAUUCACCAGCCAAGUCGAAAAGUAGAGACAAGAGGACUGAUGAUUCAACAGUGAAAAAGAAAAAGAGAACGUCUUUGUUUCGAAUGUCGAUGACAUUCAUCAAUGGUGAUGGUUCUCAGAAGAACACCUCCGAUGAAAAGGAUGAUAAUGUUUUGAUACCGCCUCCAGAAUUACCACCACGACCAUCCGUACCUCGCAGUCUACAAAAAUACAAACGUUGGAAUCGACGCAGUUCCGUCUCCCCGGCCGACAAAGCACUUCCUAAUCUUCCUCCACCCAUAAUCCUUGGAAAAGGCAGCAACAAGUUUUACAGAAAAUUCGAUGCAUGGUUCGCCAAGAAGUGUCCAAAAGUAUACAUAUAUCGUCAUGCUUUGUAUGUUGGUCUUGGAUUGUUUUUGCUUGGUCUUUUCGUGAUCAUUAUUUGUGCUGCUGCAGGAUCGUUUGCAAAAGAUCACGAAAACAAAGGAGCCAACAGUAGUGGAAAAGGGGGAGAUGGCGAUGUGGGAACCGGUGGAUUAGACCUGACUGGUUCUGGGGACGGUACUUAUUAUGAUCCCGGAAUUGGCACGGGUUCGUGCGGGACUUUGCAUACGGCUGACGAGAUGGUAGCCGCUUUGAAUGCUCCCCAAUACGGUAACUAUGCUAAUCCGAACGACUCACCAGUCUGCGGUAAAUGUGUUCAGGUCACUGGACCUAAGGGGACUGUUAAAGUAAAAAUAGUAGACAAGUGCCCUGUAUGUAAAAACGGUGAUAUUGACCUAUCCCCUGCUGCAUUUGAUAAAAUUGCUGAUGAGGCCGUUGGUCGUGUUCCGGUCACGUGGAAAGGCU